UUUGCAUUUCGCAUUCCAUAAAGCCUUCGACACAUAUCGCAUCCGAUUUCAAUUCCUAACUAAAUUCGUAGUCGUACAUAUUUUUGGUGAAAAAUACACACGAAAUAUAAACGAGAUGCGGCCCGUACAAAGUAUGCUAGCGAAGGUGUCGCGCAUUAGAAAUCUGACCGAGCUGGGCCAGCCGGCUGCCUCGCUGCUGCGGGGCAAGACGGCGCUGUGGUCGCUGCGCCAGCAGCAGCGCCGCCAGCUGCAGAAGGUGGAGCAAUAUCGGCGGAAGGCAACCACGCUGCAGUCCAUGCGGGAGUUCUUUAUGCAUCCAUUGACCUGGGAUCGCAACAAUGGCUAUUUGAACGUGGUGCUGGCCUUGGCGAUCUUCACCUUCGUGUUCGUCAAUUCGUGCACGCCCUGCCCCGAGGAUCGUGUGCCGCAGCGCAGCAAGAAGACCGAAGAGUAGAAGCUCACCUGGAUUGCAGACGCAGACCAGACCCGAGUUCGUCGAAUGGCACUUGGCGUUCAUAUCGCACAUGGUGGGAUUGCUGAGGCAGUUCUGCUCCUCGAUGCAGACGUAGCCGUCGCCGCGAUAGCCGGCAUUGCACUGGCACGUAUAGUUGGCGGGAUCCCUGAAUGGAGAGCAAUAGAAAUAUUUAAAAUCAAUGCAGAGCUCUUUCAUCCCAUUAUCUCUUGGUCAACUCACUCGGUGGGCUCGCAGGUGGCGUGUAUGCCGCAAUUGUUGCGCACAUUACAGGGUAUGGGUAUGCUCACACAGCCGGUCAGUGCGUCGCCCUGGUAGCCAUCGAUGCAGUCGCAGUACUGAACACUCAGUGCCGUAUCCCACUUGCAAAUGGCAUUGGAUCCGCAAUAGACUGAGCCGCAGCGUCCCGCGGGCACACAGCGAUCGCUCACGUCCCGCUCGUAGCCGGCGUUGCACUGACAGACACCGCCGUCGCAGUAGGCGUUCUCGCCGCACUGCUCUGCCGCCUGGCACUCGGGGGCCAGCUGGCAGUUGUGGCCGUCGCCCUGGUAGCCACGCUGGCAGACGCACUCCGACUUGCCCAGCUGCUCGUUGUAGUCGCAGUGGGCGUGGACAUCACAGAUGCCCGGUCUCUGCAUGAAUCGAAAGGGGAGGGAUUAGGAUAUGGGAGCAGCUCGCUUGGGUUCACUCACAAUCGCGCAGGAGUCCUCGAUGGGAUCGCAGUUGUAGCCAUCGCCGCUGAAGCCGGCAUUGCAGGUGCAGAUGUGACGCAGCUGCUGCUCCCACCAGACGCAGCGGGCAUUCACAUGGCAGUUGGAGUCCACGUCGCACGGCAGCAGAUCCUCGCUAUUGUCCACCUCAUAGCCGCCGGUGAAGCGGCAGCUGCGGCGCUCCUCGCUCAGCUCGUAGCCCUCCGGGCAGGUGCAGUCGCCUAGAAUAUUGCAGCGCGGCUCCACCUCAUGAUCGUCCAGCAGUAGGGGCACACAGCGUCCGUGCUCGAACACCUCGUCAUGGCCGCAGAUGUACGCACAGCUAUAGCCAUCGCCCGAGAAGCCUUCACGGCAGCUGCAACGUCCUUCGUAGCAGUCCGCAUCCGGCGAACAGCUCUGCAAGCCAAAUACAAACAACAACAACAACAAUAAUAACAACAACCACAACAACUACAAAUCAUUUUCCCAUUUGAAUAUUGUUAACCGAACUCGAACGAAACAAAGAACGAUUUUACUUAUCCUUUAAAAACUUGCUGCCUGCCCCGCGGGUUGGGCUUCUGUUAGAGAUGAACGAAUUCGAUGCUUUGUGAAUGACACGGCAGGAUAAUUGGAUGCACCAAAAACUAAACCACUAAAUCUAUUUGUAAACUGACAAUAUUUAGGCAUAGUUUCAAUAAUUUUGAGAAUUUUCUAAAGUUUCUAUAAAUCAAUUUCCAGACAAACUAA